AUGGGGGUGCAUCAACAGCGAGGCGUUCUCUACUCCUGCAUGACACCGACCGGGGUGUAUUUUCAGGUUCACUUACUGAACUACAUCACCGUAUCAUGGACAGCCCCGCUAAACCCGACUGGAGUGACUGGGUAUGUUGUACAAUAUACAGCAGGGGGAGUGGAUAGGACCGAGGUGAUUGGAGACCCUACCGUUACAACAAUAACCUUGCAAGACCCCAACCUAGCUGCUGGCGACCUGGGGAAUGUGCUCGUGGCUUCUUUAAUGGGUGAAGAUGUCGAUCCAGCCAACAUCGUUCUAGCUGUCGCUCCUCCUCCAGCCGGCGCUACCAUACAACAGACAUCCGAUACAAGUUAUACUAUCUCCUGGGGUAACCCGGGAAACGUUGAUGGAUAUGUCAUCUCGUACGACCAGGGGCCUGUCUCUAUAGAACUGCCAGUUGACAGGACGUCAGAACAGAUCCUUGAUCUCACACCGAACGUAGACUACGUUUUCAACCUGUACAGUCAACGGAAUGGUAUUAGAACUCAAGCACAACUCUCAGUCCUGCCUCCUGUAAUACCUCCACCAGAUGAUACUGGUAUCACUAUUGACGAACUGGGCGAGGACUUCAUCAACUUUAUCUGGGACCAUGACUCGACACAGGGCAUUAUAUCUUACGUCGUCACACUCUUUGCUUCUGAUGGUACCACAACAGUGGUCAAAGCACAACCUCUUGUUCCCAUGACAAGUAUGACCCAUCGAUUCAAUGGACUUACUCCAGGAACACAGUACGUCAUUGAUGUUGACAUCAUUACGAGUUCAAAUCCAACUCCAAGUGAUUUUGACAGAAAACCUCAAUUUACACGACCAAAGCCACCUACAAACGUCAUCUUUUACCAGCUCAGUGAUUCCGCCCAAUUAUUCAGAUGGCAACCUCCGCUUCCGCCUAACAACUUCUUUAUUGACUACUUGGUGUUAGCCGAAAAUGCGAACACAGGGGUUGUCCUAGAGAACGUCCUACCCCAAGGAGCUUCGAGCAAUGCUAUACGUGGUCUUCAGUCAGGGGCUAAUUAUAACUUGGGCGUCUUUACUAAUAUCGAGCCUAUUACGAGUGUCCUCGCCGAUUUCACGGUUGUGCCAUUAGUCGGUACUGCAGGUGACGUGACCAUUGGGGCAGUUACAGCUCGUGAACUGGUGGUUCUCUGGAUGUCCCAGGGCAUAGAUGCUCAGUCCUUCGUAGUGCACCUGUUCAGUGAGGAUGGCACACAGGAGUAUUCGCAAACUUUCUCAGCUGGAACUUCAUCUGCGAUAUUUGAGAAAUUGACACCUGACACCCUGUACACCGCUGUCGUCGAGGCCAUAACUACGGCUGGAGGCUCAACAACUGUUGGCUCUGACUCGGCAACAACCAAUACUCUACCGGAUUCUACUAGCGUAAUUGUGGAUAGCACAACUUCAACUUCAGCAGCAUUGUCGUGGACCGCUGUUACGGCAGUCACAGGCUACAUCAUAUCAUACAUCAGUCAAGAUCGCUCGGAUACAGGGACGUUUGUCUCAACUGGGCCCGGUACCAUAGCCACCGUACCCGGUCUACAACCACAGACAACGUAUACAUUCUCUGUAGUAGGAACAGAUGGAACUGAUGUCGUAAAUGUAGGAACAGCUGAUGGAACAACAGAUAUACUGACGGAUGUCAAUGUUGAUAGUGUAUCAACAACAUCGGCAACGUUAUCAUGGACGCCUAUUCCUGGAAGCUUUUUCUACCGGGUAUUCUACACUGGGCCGGAUGGAGUAGAACAGUCGGCGAAUCCCGUUACUGCCACCACAGACACCAUUAUAGGUCUUACACCUGGAACUUUGUAUACCUUCCGUGUGGAAGCAACUGAUGGAGGGGGACAAAGAGUACUGGGCAAUGUACCAGCCACUACAGAUGCUCUUCAGACUGAGGUACAAGUGGAUUCGGUUACGCAAAACACGGCAGCCAUCUCGUGGACAUCUGUCCCUGGCAGCGUUUUGUAUCGGAUUUUUUACACUGGACCAGAUGGAGUAGAGCAGCAGGCUACAUCAACAAACCCUGCAACCACCCUUACCGGACUUACUCCUGCAUCUCAGUAUGCCAUCAGAGUGCAGUCAAUUUCCAGCACUGGACAACAAUUAGACGUGGGCACUACUACAGCUACUACAGACCUCCUGUCACAAGUGACCCUGGACAGCAUAACAUCAUACACGGCGACAUUGUCUUACACCGCUAUACCAGGUGCUUUUUCCUACACAAUUACAUAUUCUGAUGGCACGACUACGAACACUGCCCAGUCUUUUACAACUUCGGCUGUUAUCCCAAAUCUUAACCCUGGCACCGUAUAUCAAUUCUUGGUAAGGAGUUCAUCCAUCAACGGGCAGCGGGAUGUCGGUUCUGUAUCUGGAACAACAGAUGCACUUCAGACAGAGGUACGUGUGGAUUCGGUCACCGAAAACACGGCAGUCAUCUCGUGGACACCUGUUCCUGGCAGUGUCAUUUAUCAGAUAUUCUACACUGGACCAGAUGGAGUAGAACGGUCGGUAUCCUCAAUAGACCCUACAACCACACUUACCGGACUUACUGCUGGAACUCAGUAUGCCAUCAGAGUGCGGUCAACUUCUAACACCGGACAACAAUUAGAAGUGGGCACUACUACAGCUACUACAGAUCUACAGACAAAUGUCAAUGUCGAUAGUGUAUCAACAACAUCAGCAACAUUGUCAUGGACGCCUGUUCCUGGAAGCUUUUUCUACCGGGUAUUCUACACUGGGCCGGAUGGAGUAGAACAGCAGGGGAAUCCCGUUACUGCCCCCACAGACACCAUUACAGGUCUUACACCUGGAACGUUGUAUAACUUCCGUGUGGAAGCAACUGAUGGAGGGGGACAAAGAAUAUUGGGCAGUGUACCAGCCACUACAGAACCUCUUCAGACUGAGGUACGUGUGGAUUCGGUCACCGAAAAUACGGCAGUCAUCUCGUGGACAUCUGUCCCUGGCAGUGUAAUCUAUCAGAUUUUCUACACCGGGACAGAUGGAAUACAACGGGUGGUUUCCACAACUGAUCCUACAACCACACUUACGGGACUUACUCCUGGAUCUCACUAUGACAUCAGAGUGCAGACGACUUCUAGCACUGGUCAACAGUCAGACGUGGGCACUACUACAACUACUACAGGUAUGAGCAUGGGCAUGGUUAGGAGGAUGUGA